AUGGCGUCGCGCCGGCCGAGCGUGGACCAGGUGGAGGCCCAGGCCUUGGAGGCCGCCGCGGGGCUCAAGUCUGUCGGUGCCAAGUUGGUCUGCAUCGACUUUGACGCCACCUUCGUCACAGUGCACACGGGCGGACUGUGGGCCGACACCGCAGCUGCGUUGCGUAGCCAUGUGCGACGCUUCUUCGAGCUGUUAGUGCCGCUACUGUGCGAGUCCGACGUGAAUGUAGCCAUCGUCACCUUCAGUCCACAAGUGCAGCUUAUCCGCGACGUCUUGCAGCUGUGCUUUACUCCAGAGAUCACCGCGCAGCUUGUGAUCCGAGGAGAUGACCGUACCUGGACCCUGACCCACGACCAGACCGGCACCUUCCUGCCGCUUUGGCAGACCGACGGGCGCCACUUAGACCGCAAAUUCAAGCUGCCAUUCAUGAUCUCUGCGGCUCUCGAAGUCCAGAGACGCUCGGGCGACCAGAGCGUCAUCCGUAACCGGGAUACGGUCCUGGUGGACGACGAUGCGGUCAACAUUCGAGUCGCCAAUGACAGCGGCGUCGUGGGCGUUUUGUUUGACCCUAACGAGAAGGACGAAGAGGCGUUUUGCAAGAGGAUCAGGAAGUUGCACGGGUCCGAGAUGGAUCAGUCGAUGGUAUUACGGACGCCUAGUAAGAAGAUCAGGUCUGGGUCAGGUGUCAAGAUGGUCGCCAAGGAACACAAGUUCAUGGCUACAGGAGGCGGUGGAGCGAGGAGGAGACUCGGCACUGCACCGAAUAGUGGCGCACGGACAUCCACGUUCAACAUGUGCACGCCGUCGCCUGUGAUGAAGCUCAAGUGCAGCGUGGACAUGGGCAAACCCAGAUCCAAGCGAGCGUCCCGGAUCUUAAGAAACUACAGCAGAGAGAUGGAGGCGGCUCUGCCAGUCGUGUCCGAGUCGUCCGCCUUCUGUGUUGCUCAUGUGCCUACUACUCCGACGAAACCAGCAGCUUCGUUGCUAGGUAUGUAG